AACAUGCUUUUGCGGAGAGGAAACAGGCCUUUCCAGAAUGCUUCAGGAGUCUGAAUGCUUCCAUGCUCUGAAGUUUUGUGCGCGUGCUUGUGUGUGCGUGUGCGUGUGCGUGCAUUUUUUUAAUUGCUCGUACCAGUGGAUAAGGGCGGGUGCUGAGAUUUUUCUGAAGGAAAAAUAGUCCUUUGUAAGCUGCUUACUCUUCUGUGCUCUCUGCAAGACUGCAAUGGAGUGCCGGUGUUAAGGUUGCUUUUUAAAGUUCCUUAAGAAAUCAGGCCCAGGGGAUUCUGCAGAACUAGCUCUGUCUCUCUGACUUGUAUGAAAAGACUAGUCGGGCAGGUUACCUUUCUGGCGGCAUUGCUAGGUGGCGACAUCUUAGUUGGUAAUGAAGAUGCAGCAUGUAGGACUUGGUCUUCACACCAUUUUCUUGUCACCUGUUUGUUGCACACACUGUGCAAAGAUUUGCUUUUUGACGUCUUGACUAAAUCUAUUCUCUACAAAUUUCCCUUGAGGAGUAGGCGCAGUGUUAUUGCUUGUAGUACACAUUUCAGUGUGCUGUUAAGCGGGGAUGGUUCAAUGCUUGGGUAAGUACCGCUGAGGUGCACUGUUAAUGUUAAAAACGGUCUUUGUCAUCUUUUUUCCCCCCUCUUCUUAAUUCCUAAACCCCACCUGUUUGCUUAAAUCUCGAAACUGCCUUGUUAUGUUCCUUAUGAAGAGGGGGUCAAUAGUUCUUUUUUUGUUUUGUUUUUGCUUGGUAUUGUUGUAAUCACUGAUGAUGGGAAUUAAACCACGGGUUUUAUUGGCUGUGCUAUUAAUUGCCAGAACGAAUUAGGUUUUAACAGAACCAGGCUUCCCCCAAGAAGAGCUUCUGUCAUUGUUUCACUACAGGGACCUGUAGAUACUCUUAACCUCUAGCAGAGAGUUGGAAGUCAGUGUCUGCCUGCUGCUGGAUUCCAAACCACCAGGUGUGAAUCGACAAAGUGGGUAGGAGCUAAGAGAAUGCAGCCCGUGCCAAAUUUGGUUGCUUGCAACCUCCCCUGCACACGUGUCACUGUUCAGUCAACGUACGUUAGGCCAAGACAUUUUUUUCUUAACAGUUCCAUCAUUUGGAGUGAGAGAUGAACCUGUACUCCAUAUUCCUCACUAUUUUAAAACUGGAUUUUUAUCCCUGCAAAUCUAGAAGUGUUUUUUUUUUAAAAAAAAACUGAAGCAUGCACUUUCAGGUGAAAAUGAAACCUUGGGGGAUCGGGGGAGAAUAUUUAUAGACACAAACGGGCAAAUUAAAUGAAGUUGAAACAUCUUUGCAAACUGACUGGGGACAUGGAAUGCUACUGGGAAGCAGAAUGAUGGAUUGGUUAAAAUGCAUUUUGGUACUUAUGCCUAAAAUGAGGGUGUUGCUAUUUUUAAAUUCCUUGUAGAUCCAAGCCUCUUUCACAAAAUACACAUUUUGUGAAAUUUCAUGUCUGGCACUGUUUCCAAACACUCAUAUUUGCCUUUCAUCCAGUUGAGGCCACUUAACUUUUUUUUCCCGAAUAGUCUUCAGAAAUCAGCAGGGCAGAAUGAAAUGCAUCUUUUAAAGAAGAUAAAACGACAGUUGUGUUGAACUCGAAUGAAUGAUAAACCUGUCCUGUUGAGGUCUGGGGCAAAGAUGAAUUCUUGCUUGGUCCAGCAGAGAUCCUGAAAUCUAGGAACAAGUGAUCCUAAUUAUCCAGCAUAGCAGCUCAGACGUAGCCCCCCCCCCCCCCCGGUGCAGGGAACAGGUGAAUUUCCUGUUGCUAUAAAGUGCAAUUUGAGGUUUUCAUUGGGGAUUUGAAGUGAUGAGUGGGAGGGGGGCACGGUAAGGGCGGCUGGAUGGGGGAGUCAUUUGAGGUAAGCCUCUACUCUUCCAGGUCCACUCCAGUCACGCAGCUUGCUUUGUGCUGUCAAAUACUGGAUGUGGUUUGGGGGAAUCUUUCUCUGUAGUGAAACCAAUGACAGAAGCUGUUCUUUAGAAUUUCUAGGAUGGCUGUAUUCUGCGAUCAGAAUGAGACAGUCAAGCUGGGCAGAAUCCAACGGCAAGAUGAAAGUAACCCUGUGUGUGCCAAAAAGUUACACCUUCAGUUACUAGGGGAGAACAGGAAUGCAUGCUGUUUCCCGCAUUUCUCUGGAGACUUUUGUGUUCCAUACCGAGAUGUAUGAGAAAAAGUCGACCACUCUUGCCCGGGGCUUGCGAACCGACAGCAAGGAAGGGUUCUUGGCUCUUCCAGUGACUUGGUUGUUGUUGGAUUUAACAUUGGAAGAUCUUCUUGCUCAAGUAACAGCAAACCAGCCGCAUAGUCCGUCGUGCCUUAAUGUAGAGAACGUAAAGCAAAUCCAGUGGAGGAUAAAGCUUCCGUACAGUGUGAGCUGUUGCUCUUUGAUCAGGGUUGUGAAAGUUUUUGUUUUUGAAACUGGUGGUCAUUUUAGGAACUUGAGGGACACCUGGCUCUUUAUGUGCGCCUGUAGAAAACUCACGGGAGAAAUGCUAUCCAGCAGAAUCUUCGAUUGCGGCUUUGAAAGUUGACCACUUCGGGACUUGUAUGUUCUAUCUUCAUUUUUUUUAAAAAAUCUGUCACUUGUCACUGGCUUCUGACCGCUAGGACCCUUUGCUUGAAGCUCGCUGGGCACCUUUCUUUUUCUCUCCUCCAACCUUGUGUUGCCUAGAACUCUUGUCAGUCCUGUUAGUCAAGAGGACUUCAUAUGGACUCAGAAAGCCCUUCCUGGUCUGUUCCGAGGCUUCAGAUUUUUCAAGUCUUGUUGCGGUGUGCCAAGGCACUUCUCAGACCUGUUUAAGGAACCUAAAAUACCAGCCUCAGUAAGCAUUGGAAAAGCAUCACUGGAAAGCCAAGCUAUAUUAAACCAGAUGUGUGCAUCCACUAGGUGUCAGAAGUUUUCCUUCCUAUCCAUACAUCGGACAUUGCAAACAAAACAUGGAUCCUGUAUCCGCUCUUGUGGGGUGUGCGUGUGUAGGUGUCGUUCAACUUCAUUUUGUGUUGGCAGCUAGACUAUUUUGGAUUCAGGUCCUGUAUAAUUUUUUCCCCGUGCAUGCAGAUGAUGUAUGUUUCCACCGUACUUUGCUUUUUGUACUUUUUGAGAGUUACCCUUUUUAGUAUGGUUCUAUUAAAAAUAAACAUUUACUGUUUCCCAUUUAUUAGUACUUACUAUUGCUGACAAGCCUGACUUGUGAUUCUCUGCACUGUACCUUUGGACAGCUCACGCCACAGGGGAUUUAUGGCUUGGGGGCUGUUUUUCUCUUCCUGCAGGUGGUGUUUGAAAUGUGAUUCCUGAGGUAAAAUUGUUUUUGUCUUUGGAGGGGGAGGACAGGGAGGGGAGGGCGAAAGGGCGUUUUUGGCUUUUUAAAUCUGUGAUUUUUACCUUAAUGUGCUUUUUUUUCUUUUUUGCUGCCUGUCUUUUGCUUUACUAUUAAACUGCUGAUGUUUAUUUUCAGGAAUGUUUUGCAAAAUGUCCUUCUCACACUCUUCCCCAGUUCAACUGUAGGUACAUUGUUCCUUUUUAUCAAAUAAGCACGUUUGAAACAAAGAAAUAAAGAGGUUUUAAUGUCUUGUAAAGGAAUAUAUCUUUUUAAUAUGCUCCGUUUUUUGCCUAAGUACAGAUUAUUUUAAACAUGAUGGUGAUGAAUUGCUUUCAGCUAACUGAGAGAUUUAUGUUAAGUUAGAAAGCACAAAGGAGCAGGAUUGGAGAAGUUCCAAAUUACUCUCCCCACUUACUCAAUUUGCCUCUUGGUGUCAUCAGGCGGUUGUGUAGCUUCUGCAGUGCAUUGCUAAAGGCUUAUUUUUUAAAAAUACAAAUUUUCAUUUGGAAAUGGAAGUCGCUCAUUUAUUUCUAACUUAACAUAAAAGAAUCAGAUGGUUCCUCUGACAUGUUGGGGUGUUCAUGCCAGUUUGCAUUUCUUCCUGUAGGCAUUCGUUGUGAAACAUCUCCUUGAGUACACCCAGCAGGAGGCGUCCAACCUUCAGUACAGCCUGAUGUUGGUGGUUGGCCUCCUUAUGACGGAAAUAGUGCGUUCCUGGUCCCUGGCCUUAACCUGGGCUUUAAACUACCGCACUGGGGUCAGACUGCGCGGCGCUAUCCUGACUAUGGCUUUUAAGAAAAUACUCAGGCUGAAAAAUAUCAAGGAAAAGUCUCUGGGGGAGCUCAUAAAUGUAUGUUCCAAUGAUGGACAGAGAAUGUUCGAGGCUGCAGCUGUUGGCAGUUUGCUGGCUGGAGGCCCUAUUGUCGCUAUCCUAGGGAUGAUUUAUAAUGUGAUCAUUCUGGGGCCAACUGGCUUCUUGGGAUCAGCUAUCUUCAUCCUCUUCUACCCGGCAAUGAUGUUCGCAUCCCGCUUCACUGCCUAUUUCAGAAGGAAAUGUGUAUCAGCGACAGACGAGCGUGUCCAGAAAAUGAAUGAAGUUCUUAACUACAUUAAGUUUAUUAAAAUGUAUGCCUGGGUCAAAGCCUUUUCCCAGAAUGUCCAGAAAAUCCGAGAGGAAGAGCGCAAAAUCUUGGAACGUGCUGGGUACUUCCAGAGCAUCACGGUGGGAGUGGCUCCUAUUGUUGUCGUUAUUGCCAGCGUGGUGACCUUCUCUGUCCAUAUGUUCCUUGGCUACGACCUCACAGCUGCUCAGGCAUUCACAGUGGUCACAGUGUUCAAUUCGAUGACCUUUGCUCUGAAAGUCACACCUUUUUCUGUGAAGUCUUUGUCUGAAGCGUCUGUGGCUGUUGACCGAUUUAAGAGUUUGUUUCUAAUGGAAGAGGUUCAUAUGGUAAAGAAAAAACCAGCCAGUCCUCUCACCGCCAUAGAGGUGAAAAAUGCCACCUUGGCAUGGGAGUCCUCCCAUGCUAGUGUCCAGAGCUCACCCAAGAUGACCCCCAAAAUGAAAAAAGACAAGGUGGCCAGGAGCAAGAAAGAGAAGGCCAAGGUCCAGCAACGUGAGGGACAACAGGCAGUGCUGGCUGAGCAGAAAGGCCAUCUUCUAGUGGACAGUGACGACCCCCCAAGUCCCGAGGAAGAGAACAAACAGAUUCACCUGGCAAAUACCCGACUGCAGAGGGUGCUCUACAACGUUGACCUAGAAAUAGAGAAGGGGAAGCUCGUUGGGAUUUGUGGCAGCGUGGGGAGUGGGAAAACCUCGCUCAUUUCAGCCAUUUUGGGACAGAUGACUCUGCUGGAAGGCAGCAUUUCUGUAGAUGGAACAUUUGCCUAUGUGGCUCAGCAGGCCUGGAUUCUCAAUGCAACCCUUAGGGACAACAUCCUCUUCGGGAAGGAAUUUGAUGAAGAAAGGUACAAUACCGUGCUGAAUGACUGCUGCCUCCGACCUGAUCUGGCUAUCCUGCCGAACGGGGACCUGACAGAGAUUGGUGAGCGCGGUGCAAACCUGAGUGGGGGACAGCGACAGAGGAUCAGCCUUGCCCGAGCCCUGUACAGUGAAAGGAGCAUUUACAUUCUCGACGACCCUCUCAGUGCCUUGGAUGCCCACGUUGGAAACCACAUCUUCAACAGUGCCAUACGGAAGCACCUGAAAUCAAAAACGGUUUUGUUUAUCACCCAUCAGCUGCAGUAUCUUGUGGAUUGCGAUGAAGUGGUCUUCAUGAAAGAGGGCUGUAUCACUGAGAGGGGAAGCCACGAGGACCUCAUGAACCUAAAUGGGGACUACGCUGCUAUUUUUAACAGCCUGCAGCUGGGAGAGACGCCGCACAUCGAGAUAAAUGUAAAGAAAACUACAAACAGUUCAUUGAAAAGGCCACAAGAUAAAACCACUAAAUCAGGAUCUGUGAAGAAAGAGAAACUGGUCAAGAAGGAAGAAGGCCAGCUGGUACAACUGGAAGAGAAAGGCAAAGGAUCGGUUCCCUGGUCGGUUUACGCUGUCUACAUCCAGGCAGCUGGAGGCCCCAUAGCUUUCUUCAUUAUCAUGGCGCUGUUUGUGUUGAACGUGGGCAGCACUGCAUUCAGCAACUGGUGGCUGAGUUACUGGAUCAAACAAGGCAGUGGGAAUACUACUUUGACAUUGGGAAAUGAAACCAUUGUGAGCAUCAGUAUGAAAGACAACCCCCAUAUGCGUUACUAUGCCAGCAUCUAUGCACUCUCAAUGGGAGUCAUGCUGAUUCUGAAAGCCGUGCGCGGUGUCGUCUUUGUCAAGGGGACGUUGAGAGCCUCCUCCAGGCUCCACGAUGAGCUCUUCCGACGAAUCCUUCGCAGCCCUAUGAAAUUUUUUGACACCACUCCAACCGGACGGAUUCUCAAUAGGUUCUCCAAAGAUAUGGAUGAAGUCGACGUCCGCUUGCCCUUCCAAGCUGAAAUGUUCAUCCAGAAUGUCAUUCUGGUGUUCUUCUGCGUGGGCGUGAUCGCCGGUGUCUUCCCCUGGUUCCUGGUGGCAGUUGGACCCCUCUUCAUCCUUUUCGCAGUCUUGCACGUUGUAUCCAGAGUGUUCAUUCGGGAGCUAAAACGCCUGGACAACAUCACGCAGUCCCCAUUCCUUUCUCACAUCACGUCAAGCAUUCAAGGCCUCUCUACAAUCCAUGCCUAUAAUAAAGGACAGGAAUUCCUGCACAGGUACCAGGAGCUGUUGGAUGACAAUCAGGCACCUUUCUUCUUGUUCAGCUGUGCCAUGCGUUGGCUUGCUGUAAGACUGGACAUUGUCAGCAUUGCCCUCAUUACCACCACGGGGCUAAUGAUCGUCUUGAUGCAUGGGCAGAUUUCCCCUGCCUAUGCUGGGCUGGCCAUUUCCUACGCUGUCCAGCUAACAGGCUUGUUCCAGUUCACAGUCAGGCUGGCUUCAGAGACAGAGGCCCGCUUCACUUCUGUGGAGAGGAUUGAUCACUAUAUCAAGACACUUUCUCUGGAGGCUCCAGCUCGGAUUAAGAACAAAGCCCCCCCUCCAGACUGGCCUCAGGAAGGGGAAGUCAUCUUUGAAAACGCAGAAAUGAGGUAUCGGGAGAACCUCCCACUUGUCCUCAAGAAAGUAUCCUUCACCAUCAAACCUAAGGAGAAGAUUGGCAUUGUGGGGAGAACAGGGUCAGGAAAGUCCUCUCUAGGAAUGGCGCUCUUCCGCUUGGUUGAACUCUCAGGAGGCUGCAUUAAAAUUGAUGGAGUGAAAAUCAACGACAUCGGCUUAGCAGAUCUCCGGAGCAAGCUCUCCAUAAUUCCCCAGGAACCUGUGCUGUUUAGUGGAACUGUGAGAUCUAACUUGGAUCCUUUCACUCAGUACAGUGAAGAACAAAUCUGGGAUGCUUUGGAAAGGACUCACAUGAAGGAAUGUAUUUCUCAGCUGCCCAUGAAACUUGAAUCUGAAGUAAUGGAAAAUGGAGAAAACUUCUCUGUUGGGGAGAGGCAGUUGCUUUGCAUUGCCAGAGCCUUGUUACGUCGGUGUAAGGUCCUGAUCCUGGAUGAAGCAACAGCUGCUAUGGAUUCAGAGACCGACUUGCUGAUCCAGGAGACCAUCAGAGAGGCGUUUGCUGACUGCACGAUGCUGACGAUCGCUCACCGCCUGCAUACGGUUCUGGGCUCCGAUCGGAUUAUGGUGCUGAUGCAAGGACAGGUGAUGGAAUUUGACACUCCGUCUGCUCUCCUGUCGAAUGAGAACUCCCGCUUCUAUGCCAUGUUUGCUGCUUCAGAAAAUAAGAUAACUGUCAAGGGCUAAAAUUCAGGGCAAUGUCACUUUAACCAGGAGGGCUAACACUCCCUGCCUGUGGCAGGCAGGUCCUCCUCUUCCUCCUCCAUCUCCAUGUAUUUCCCAGAUCAUUGCCUUUUCUCCUUUAAUUUUUAGCAUUGUGGGUCAAGAUCGAGGGUUGUUUUUUUUUUAAAGUACUGUAAGGAGGAUUCUUUAUGGCUUUUAUUAUGGUAUUUAUUCCAUAUUCCUGUUACUAAUUUUUGUUAUUAAAUGCACUCUACAAAAUGGCUCAGGGAGCCAUAACUAUAAAAGUAUCAAGAGGCCUAUAUUGAAGCUUUAUACAUGUAGUUAUAUCUAUACAGAAUUCUGUACAUAGCCUAUAUUUACAGUGGAAAUGUAAGCUGUUUAUUUUAUAUUAAAAUGAGCGCUGUGUUAAUACCAGGGCAUAUUCUUUUCUAUCAUUUUUGUACAGUUUUAUGGUAUGGGGCUCCUGGCUUUUGCCAGGCUGCAGCGGACUCUGUUCCCGCUCUCGCAGUCGUCUUUCUCUUGUGUUGGAUUCUCCCAGGUCUCCGGAUGGAAGUGAAGCUUUGCAUUAAUGUCCUCUUUGUGUCCUGUUGUCUUUGUCCUGCACAGAGAAGGGGAGGGGUGGGUGGGACACUCUCUGGUGAUGUGACUUGGUCGCGUCAUUAACUGUCACGGCGUCAGGCCCAUUGUUAGGGCACGUGGAAGAAGCAGCGGCUAAUUCCCAGGGUGGUUUUUUUGUGUGUUUUUGUGUAGUGGAAAAGGAACGUUUGUACCCUUAUGCAAUAAAGGGAACAAAAGAACAUGCUCUGUCAGUAGAACUUUGCAUACAUUAGAAAAGAAAUAACCAACUCCUCCCGUUUCACCAGUCCAGCCUCUCUUGCCCAGAACCGUAAAUAAUUAUGAAUUAGCUGUAGCCAUGAACUUUUUAAAUAUUGGGUCCUUGCUGCUGGCUCUGAUGGUUUCCAAGCUGCCUCUGCUGAAUUCUUGAUCUAGAGAUGCUAAUAGCUCAUUCGGACAGCUCCUCAAGAUUGGUUUUGAUUGACGUUUGUAACAAUCGACAGUUUCUGCUCCCCCCCCCCGAAAUGAUGUCAUUACCCCUUCCCAGCAAGCUGCCAUUUUUUAGCAGAUCUCCUGCCGAUCAGGGUUUGACACUGGUGUAGGGAAGUUUUAUUUUCUUACUGUAAAGAGACCUACCUCAGGUGGCUGAGUCCUGUGUGGUAUGUUACCAUAGUUACUGUAUGCCAUCCCUGUUGUAUGGGACCAGUAGCACGGUCAAUCCCGUAAUAGCUGUGACUUUGAAUCGAUCAGCGUUGCAUGUGUCUUUUUUUCUUCUCCCUGUCCAGCUGGACGUUUUAUAGCCUUAGCAUGUUUGCAAACUCUUGAGACAAAAAUCCGAAAAAGUGAAUAAAAACUAUUUUGGGUUUUGUAAA